AUGCGGCCUGAUGCACUGCUGCGCAUCAACACUUCUGUACGCUUUGAAGACACCGAUUACGAAGGCAAGCCAAGCAUUUACUUGUUUAUAUUCGUCAACCCUCUAUCGGGUGAUCAAAAGGGCAUCGAUCUCGUGCAUCUUCCCAUCCAACAUUUCCGCUUGCGACGACUGCCCCAAGUGCAAGUUGAAAUCCACAAUAUUUUGGAUGCAGAAGAUCGUGAAGCCGGUAUAAGCCGAAUCAAACUAGUCCAAUCCAUGGUCAAACUUGGCCAGCUUCCACCCAUACCGCAGGGAAACUUGGCACCCGCCGUAAGCGGACGGCAUAUCCAAGUCUGGAGUGCUGGAGGCGAUGGCACUGUCAUGAGCGUCGUGGAAAUGCUACGCGACGUGGAUUUCGACCAGAUAUUUUUCUCAUGUAUACCGUUCGGGACCGGUAAUGAUUUUAGCCAGGUGCUGGGAUGGGGCCGUACGGUUCCUCGUCGCGAUAUUCUUGGCUAUGGCCUCCGGCAUCUCGAAGAGCUGGUUACAGAGCGUCUCGAGCAUUCCGACGCCGCACGGCUCGAUCUAUGGGAGGUCGAGAUGUCGGCCCAUCCAUCGGGUUAUGUCAAGGUGGCCGGACCUGAUCGUGAGGACGGACACGACGUCUCAGAGGUUAAACCAACUGGGCUCAAAGAACACCAGCAAUCGAUUACCCGAAAGAUGUCCAAUUACAUGUCUAUCGGUGUGCAAGGCUACGUUGGCAGCGGGUUCGAAAAGCACCGAGCAGGCAACAGGUUAGCCAACAUUAUGGUGUAUACUAUUGAGAGCGCCAAAUGGGUGUUCUGGCGCAGGUUCCCUCCGUUGACCGCCUUUAUCGAUAAAAUGCUGCAGAAUGACCAAGCUGUGCUGCAGUUUCCAGAUCCGCGGAAGCAGCAGGUUGAAAAGCAUCAUGGUGACAACAACAGCAGCAGCGACAGCAACGACGGUGACGCUUCUGCGACCUUAGCACACGUGACGGGACAUCCAAUCGACUUUGUGAUUCAAAAUAUUCCACACAUCUGGGGACGCGAGGUGGACCUGUGGGGUGAGGCUAAAUCCGGUCUGGAAUCCGUGGAGAAUCGUGCAGGUCCCACUGAUCCAGCGACGUGGAAUCCUCAGCGAGCCAACGACGGUAGAAUGGAAGUCAUGGUCAUCCAUUCCCUGUUCAGUUAUCUCAAGAAACUGGCGAAUAUCCGACAGCAUGUGUCACGCAUCGGCCAAUUCGGCACUCCCUUUGAAAUCGCAUUUCGCCCACCGUCUGAACGAAGCAACAAAAGACGUUCUCUGUGGAGAAGAGUCAACCGCUACGAACGCGACAAUGUGAUCUGUAUCAUGUGCGAUGGCGAGUUCUAUAUACUAAAGGACCCCAAGUCUCUAAAGUUUGUUCGCUUUGCUCAAAUCUGGACAUUGGGCCGAAGGGACGAGAAGGGCACUGGUCGACUGGUUUUAGACGAACACACUUCUUCAUCACCAUUAUUACCUUGA